AUGAUUGCUGGAUAUCAAAGGCUAAAUGAAAGAAAAACACAGCCAAAUCCCAAUAUUGUCUUUAUCAAGCCUUUAGAAGGUCCUGACAAGAAAGUCGCACAAGACUUUCUCGAAAGAAUAGCUGCACAAUGUCGUCCCAUCAUGAGAGAACACCAUCUCUAUGUCACUUCUCUAGAAGAAUAUGAACCAAACCGUGAAUUUGUCGGUCGUAACUUCAAUGCAGGAGAGGUGGUUCAACUGGUUCUAAAGUCACCCAGUACCGGUCGCUGGCUUCCAUUCAACUACGUCCAGAUGGUCAUGAUGCAUGAGCUAGCACACUGUAAGCAGAUGAACCACUCGCGGGCUUUUUGGGCGGUCCGUAAUUCAUACGCAUCGCAAAUGCACGAGCUUUGGUCCAAAAAGUACACGGGAGAUGGAAUCUGGGGUAGAGGUGCUAGUCUUGCUACUGGCGGGUGGGAGAAAAAUACGGUACUUGCUGACGAGAUUCUCCCGGAACAUCUCUGUGGAGGCACAUACAGAUCAAGACGAAAGAGAAAGGUUAAACCGCAGCUGUCCUACCAAGAGCGAAAGGAGAAGAGGAUUCUGAAGAAGUUUGGCGCCAACGGAGUUGCUCUUGGUGCAGAUGAAGUGGAAAAGGUCAAGCUGGAAAGCGGCAAGAAGAUUCAAGCAAAGCCCCGAGUUGCUGGAAGCAUGAGAGGGCGCGAACUAAGAGCAGCUGCAGCGCUCGCCCGCUUCGAGAAACAAAAAGACGAACCAGACCCUGUUAAAGACGAUGAUGAGACGGACUCUGGCAGUGGUAGCGAGUUUGAGGAUGGGCCCGGAGAAGAUUCCAAGGACGCCGUUGAUGUUGACGGCAAGAGAAUGCUCGACGGACAAGGCCGGGGGAUGGUCAGAGUCUGUGGAGAUGAGGAUGCCGAUGAUCUCGGUGCCAUGGAUGAAACGCAGGAGCUUCAAAAGAUGAUCAGAGCUAUCAAAAGGGAGUCUCCUGUACCAGAGAUACCAGACAUAUCUAAAAGUACAAGACCCCAAAGCCAAAAGAGACAAUCUCAACUGCCAGCAACAUCAACCACAAAGAUCAAAUCAGAGUUAUCAAAAGAGGCUGGACAACCCAAGAUAACAAUUUCUCUGAGCCGUGCCAACGCAAAGGACACUCUAAAGGCUGCAGAAGAACCCAGGACCCAAUCUCCAACGACGACGACAGUAACAACAACAGCAGCUGAACCAGAAAAUUCAACAAAUGAUCUGUCAACACCUAGUGGAACAUGCUCAAUGUGUUCCUACGCCAACCCUAGCCUAGCUCUUACAUGCGCAAUGUGUGCCAAUGUGUUGGAUUCCUCAGCACCAGGCUCAUGGCAAUGUUCGAGUGAUGCAUGUCAGACUACGCGGUAUCUCAAUGCUGGCGAUUGUGGAGUGUGUGGGUUGUGUGGGAAAAGAAGGGGCCAUGACACGCAAUCCAACAACGCUGGGUGA